UCGGGACAAACGCGGAAUGGACACCUUUAAAAGCUUGUUCCUCCUCCGGUAUUGGCUGUUUCCUUGAGGGUGUCGUUUUCAGGUCGUGGAGAUCACUGCCUGUGUUUAUACUCCGUUACACAGGUUUAGUCCUCGCAGACCUGGACUAGAACUUUACACAUCGGCAUCGGGUCUAGGUCAGAGGAUUUGGGGCUUAGCAAGGUCGUGGUUGUGCUUCUAGAAAUCCAGAUAAGUUUCCAAGCUAAUUAAUAGUUUUAUAAUGAGUGCAGACAGCGCUGUUUUUAUGUAGUUGUAUCUGUCCUUGGUGCUGAAACUGACCGGUGCGCUUCACGGAUUUGCUUUUUGAAGGACUGUACUACAACAAAACCGACCUGCGGUCAACGACAAGAAGAAGGCGGAUCUGGUAAAAAAAAAAAAUACUUAAAAAAAAACAUAUAGAUAUAUAUAUAGAGAGGACUUUUUUGCCCUGGGACAAGAUCUAAAAGGAGUUUGGCGGACUUUGAAAAAUGUCCAGAAUUAUAAUCUAAAUUUGCCGUAAGUCUAAGCAGUUUUCGCCGUAUCACCAACACCGGCGUCGGAAAGGACAGAUGCGCAUUUGAUAUCGGCUCGUCUCGCGAUGGAGGUAUCAAACGGGUCGAGCUUUGGGAUCGAGUCCCUACUUUCUCACAGACCGACCAGCCCGUGCGUGUCAAAGGGGGAGUGCAGGUCUCCCGCGGAGCUGAGCCCGCGGUCGGAUCUGGACAGCGGCUGCUCGUCGCCUCCCUCCCCGAGACGGACCUCGGUGGAAGACGCGGUGCAGAGACACGCUCGCGCCCUCGGACUGGACUCUCCUUUACAAAUAUCCCAGCAGCCGCGGACGGUCACGUCCUCGUUCUUGAUCAGAGACAUACUCGCGGACUGCAAACCCCUGGCUGCCUGUGCUCCUUAUUCCAGCACCGGACAGUCGGCGCAAGAUAAUGAAGACUGCAUGGACAAACUUCACAGCAAUUCGUCCUCGGACAGUGAAUACAGGGUGAAAGACGAAGCUGAUCGAGAAAUCUCCAGCAGUAGAGACAGCCCCGGCUCCCGGCUGAAGAAGCCUCGCAAGGCGCGCACCGCGUUCACCGAUCACCAGCUGGCGCAGCUAGAGCGCAGCUUCGAGCGUCAGAAGUACCUCAGCGUGCAGGACAGGAUGGAGCUGGCAGCGUCCCUCAACCUCACAGACACACAGGUCAAAACAUGGUACCAAAACCGCAGGACGAAGUGGAAAAGGCAGACGGCGGUUGGGCUGGAGCUCCUCGCGGAAGCAGGGAAUUACUCGGCUCUACAAAGAAUGUUCCCAUCACCCUAUUUUUACCCUCAGAGUUUGGUGUCUAACCUCGACCCGGGACCCGGGCUGUAUCUGUACAGAGGGCCCUCCGCGCCUCCUCCGCCGGUUCAGCGGCCUCUGGUCCCCAGGAUCCUCCUGCACGGUCUUCAGGGCGCCGGAGAGCCAGCGUCUCUCCCCGGAGUCAUACCGCGACAUACACCGCGAUGAACUGAUUCCAACCCCCCCCAAAAACUCCAACCUCAGGAACGACAGGGUCGCGCUUGGACAAUACCCGUGUAUACUGAACAUAUAAACGCGCAAUAAUAGACUUUUCCAAUGACUCUGACCAAAAGGCGAAUGCUAACUAUUUAUUAAACUUUAACGUGCGGAAGUAGUCAUCAGAAAAUUAUUCGGAGAGGUUCCGUCACCUCACGGGACCUCCUGACCGUUUUCUGAAAGAAGUUGCUUUUCCCCUAAGAAAUGGCGUGGUUUAUUUGCACAAGAUUAUGACGCAAGCAAACCAAAAUAAACAUAUCCUUAAAAAAAAGAAUUCAACUAAACCAUAUGCAAUACAAUUGUGGAUUUUUGAUAAAAAUGCAUUGCAAAAACUACACGAAUAAUAACUUAAAUUUAAUCUGGUCACCGAUUAAUGUGAUGGCGGUGGUAGUGCUGAGCGGAUGAUUUUCAAAAACUAAAACAGUUUUUCUAAUGAAAAAUGACCCCACUAAUGGCACUACAGCCUGUUUAGACGACGACUCCGUUUUUGUGGAAAUUGUGUUGUGUUUAUGGGUAGUUUAAAACCCGGUUCAACAGACGCCAAAAUACUUUUCUAAAUAAAGACUGUGAAUUUGUCACGUACGACAGAACUACUUUAUUCUUCGAUACUCUCUUGCUCAAACAUUUUUUUUUGCAUAUUGCCUGUGAAUAUACGGUGCAUAUAAAUGAGCUUUAAAACAAGCACAAAUGUCAUUUUUAUAACGCAUUACAGCUGGACAUCAAACCAACAGCCCGCCGACGCGGUUACGCAAUAAAAACAAUCUUUCCCGUG